UAAAGGUCAUGACGCAUGCGUACUUAUCAAAACAUUUCUGGUCAGUCCACUUCCGGAUUUGGGAUUUGGAAGCUACAGGUGCGUCCGGAUUUCUCCGGAUUAUGGAGGACGUGCUGGACGACAUGGGCGGUCCGGUUACCGGGACGUUAGUGGAGGGGAUCGGGGACGAGCUGGUGUACAUCAGCCUGAUGGUGGGCAUGAUGAUGGUGUCGUUAGGCUCCGUACUGUACAGAUGGAACCAACAGCAGGCCAUGGGAACUACCAUCCACCCUGAUCACAGGACACGCCUCCACGAGGCGAGACAGCAGCUGGGAUUGGACGAUGAGCAGGACAGACAGCCCAGGUUCACCAAUGACGGGCAGUGUCCCAUCUGUAUGGAGAACACCAACUUUGCUGUGGAAACAAACUGUGGACAUGUCUUUUGUGCUAACUGUAUCCUGAUGUACUGGAGACAUGGAAGGUGGCUGGGAGCAGUGGGCUGUCCUGUCUGCAGACAAACUGUGACUCUGUUGCUACCGCUCUUUACUGAAGAAGAGAAUGGGUCAGAUGACUUGGUACAGAUGGCUGGAGAGAUAAACGCUUACAACAGAAGAUACUCUGGAGAACCCAGGCCGCUGCUGGAUUACCUGUAUGACCUUCCGACCUUGCUACGCCACGCUUUCAUUGAGCUGUUCACCGUUGGCGGACUAGUCAUGAUGUUUCGCGUACGGGUGUUCCUCAUCCUCCUCGGUGCCAUUUUGUACUUCAUUUCACCACUGGACAUCAUCCCGGAAGGAGCGUUUGGCCUCCUUGGGUUGGUGGACGAUGUUUUUGUCAUCCUGGUGUUGCUGAUCUAUGUGUCAAUCAUGUACAGGACCUUCGUGGCCAAUAGGGGAGAGAUGGGCCUGGGAGGGGAUGUGGAGUGAACCAUUUGGGCCAUCAUAUAGGGAGGGACAGGGUGGAGGAGUAAAGAAUACAUGACAAUCAUGUACAGGACCUUAUUGGUGAGCCUUGGGAUGGACCAUUUUGGUCAUCACAUGGGGAGGGACAGGAUAAAGUUAACACAUGACUCAAUAAUAAACAAGAACUUUGUGGCUAACAGGAGAGAGGUAAAUUAGGAAUGAACCAUUACACUUUUGUAUGGGGAGAGGCAGGGUGAAGGAAAAAUGACUUUUUCUUCAAGUUUGUAACCAAAUCAUAAGAUGAAACAAGACUGAUAUAAAAGCCAGUCAUAUAUGGAAGACGAGAGAAAGCUAUGGUUGAACAUUUACAUCAUCUGUGAAGAGGACAACCAAAUAAGACUUGUGAUGGGCUCCUGUAAACUUCAUCUGCCAUGUGGUACAUGACAGAAA